AUGUCUGGUGUCAAUGACAUCUGGGCAGACUAUGUCAUCGUGCCGUAUGUGUUUGAUCACGAUGUCGACAAUGCCCGAAAGGAAGCUUUCCGAGCAGCUGUUGUCCGCUGGCAUGAGGGAACGUGCGUGGUGCUGAAGGAGGUUUUGCAAAUCCACGUCAGCCAGCCGUACAUCCAGGUGGGCAUCUACGACGAAAACACAUGCUGGUGCCAGGGCCAGGGCUAUCCCGGAUAUCAGAAUGGACGGCCGCGAGCCAUCCGGAUCAAUCUAGGUUGGUGCAACAGCCUUUUCUAUGUGGGCAACAUGGUGCACGAAAUCGGCCAUGCCCUGGGCAUGAACCACGAGCAGAAGCGCCCGGACGCCUAUCAGAAGUUCCAUGGCCACGGGCCUCACAUCGUGGUGCAUUGGCACAACAUUGCGUACACGCACAACCAGCACACCUACACUGGUUCAAACUACCAGGGAGUCGGCGACAGCUUUCACGGCUACGCUCCUUACGACUAUGAAAGCAUCAUGCACUACCCGCUGACGGACGCUUACGACCCCAUUGAGCCUGCAGUAGCGGGCCUCCUGGGCAACCGUGAAUACCUGUCAGAAGGUGACCUUUCACAGGUCAACGACAUGUACCAGUGCAAGGAGAAGCUGGUCCGUGCAAUCACACUCAGAUGUGCUUUUGAAGCGGAUCUGUGCGAUUGGCGGGAUGUAGGUGACUCUGCAGAAGCAAAGUGGCGCGUUCGCACUGGAGCUGCAGAUUCAGGAGGGCCCGGACGCGGUGCUGGGCAGACCUUAGGCUAUGCAUGGGCAGAGGUUCUCCAGCAUCCAGGGCAGGCUUUCGUGCUGCAGAGCCCCUACCUGGAUGUUACAAAGCAUUACAAGCUUCGGUUCAACUUCUUCUCGUCGGUGGGGAUGCUGGAGGUGGACUACCAGGAUGCUCUGGGCAUGACCAAGAAGCUCUGGAGCAAUAGCACG